CGCGAGCCAGGCAGUGCACGCCGAAGACCCAUCCUUGUUAUUGUUGACAGCAAGAACGACCGUGACAAUACCCUGGCAAAAUCAUCAGAACUGAAGGAACGUGGUGCCCCAUAUGACAAAGUCUUUAUCAAGAAGGAUGUACACCCAGCAGUUCAGCAGGAAUGGAAAAGAUUACGUGAUGCCGCAGCAGCGGAAAAGGAACGACCACAGAAUCAGGGGUGUACUAUUCGUUUAGACGUAAGGGAAAGAAAACUGUAUUGUGAAGGAGUGGUGAUUGAUCAGUGGAAUUUGUACCAUUUUUAGGAAGACCACAGAAUCAGUGUAAAAUUAUGUCAUGGAAUAUAAAUUCUGUAAAGACGAAGACUGAAAAAAACAGCUGUGAUAUAGUGUGUUUGUGUGAGGUAAAGACUGCACUACAAGUGUCAGUCCCUGGAUUUGUAUGUUAUAGUAGUGUUGAUCAAAGAAUCGUGGUGGCGUCUGUGUGUUAGUUAAGACAAAGCUGCGGCAGUAUGUCACGGAAGUGGAUACCAAGAUGAGAGAUCAAGUGUGGAUGAAGUUACAGUGUUUUCCUGGUGUGUUAUUUGGGUUUUGCUAUGCCCCCCCUCCAGACUCGCCAUACUUUGAUUUCGCUACACUUAGUUACAUUCAAGAGAGGGUGAAGUCGAGAGAAGAUGGAACUAAUUGUAUCAUAGUUGGGGAUUUGAAUGCUCGAUUCGGAGAAACAGUGAGUGAGAUUCCAGAAGCCCUUGGACUCGAACAGCUGUCGUACCCGAGCAUUCCGAACCAGAUUCGUACACCUAAUGAUAACGUUAGGGUUUUGCUCGGUAUCUGUCUCGAAGGUAAUCUUCUAGUGAUGAACAACCUACAAACACGAGACAAAUAUUUUCCAAGUAAACUUACGUAUAGGCAGGGCAUGCAGUUUGUAUCAGAGUUGGAUUUAUGCCUUGUAUCACCAAAUGUUAUUGAUUGUAUCCAUAGCUUUGAUGUCAACCAGGAUGUGUCAUUGCCUUCUGAUCAUGCUCCCAUAUCUGUAUCGUUGAAGCCUCCAUCCUUCAAUAUGAAUUCUUUGUAUGACCGAGCUUGUGAGUUAGGAGCUCAUGCUGCUUUGAUCUCACCAUCACACUCUAGAUUGGUAGAGAAACCAAUUAAAUUUGACUCCAUUGAUCCUGAAAUGUUUUCAGCUGUACUGUCUCUACAUGAUCCCCCCUCAUCUGAUGACAGUGUUGAAGCCAUGACGCGUAACAUACGUGACACGUUAUACAAAUGUGCAGGAGAGUCAAGGGUUGGUAACCAAACCCCACAAUAUGAUGAACGCCUUGGUAGAUGGGAUCGCUUAUUAAAGUGUGGUGAUGAAGCACGUAUUUGGAGUAGCAUUAACUGGCGUGGAGAAGUGCACUGCAAUGAUGCUAAUAUAACAACCCCAACUGAUACGGAAUUUAAAGAUUAUUUAGAACAAACUCUAAACCCACCUUAUGUUGAAGAACAUGAUGUUGAUGUUCAUACUAAUACUUACAUUCCAAUUUUAGAUGAUCCUAUCACCCAACAGGAAGUAUACAGACAAAUCGGCAAGUUGAAAAGCAACAAGGCCUGUGGUCCUGAUGGGUUAACACCGGGAAUAUUCAAACUGUUGCCAAGGAGUUGGAUUCUGUGUAUUGUUACUUUGUUUAACUCUAUAUUCAUUUCAGGCAUGUACCCUCAAAGCUGGAUGUCAGCUAAAAUGAGUAUGGUGUUCAAACGUGGAUCACGAGCUAUGGUCUCGAACUAUCGAGGCAUCAGUGUAAUCAAUAGUUUGUCUAAAAUAUAUGACAUGAUACUUUGUGAUCGACUGAGUAAAUGGUUCAUACCGUGUCGUGAGCAGGCAGGAGGCCAGGCUGGAAGAGGAUGCACUGAACAUAUUGUACCUCUUAGAUUAUUGACAGACUUAGCAAAAAGAAAGAAAUUCAAGUUAUUUAUUGUGUUUGUAGAUUUUUCGCAAGCUUACGAUAGAGUGAGGAGAAAUAUAUUGCUUACUUCACUAAUGAGGUUAGGGUGUGGAAUGACUAUGCUUUGCGCUAUUGUUACUAUGUAUAGAGAAACUAACUGUAUUGUGGGUACUACUGCACUUAUUACUGCUUCUAUUGGUGUACGCCAGGGAUCCCCGACUUCUUGUUUGUUGUUUAUCUUAUAUGUGAAUGAUCUUAUUAGAAUGUUAAUACAAAAUUGUGGAUGGGAUGGCUUUCUAGGCUGGUUGCAUGUGCUUGCCCUCAUGGAUGAUACCAUUUUAUUGUCAACCUCUAGGCAUUCUAUGAUUGAAAAACUUAAGAUUCUAAAUAGGUUUUGUAAUACCCAUGAAAUGAAGAUAAAUGUGCGUAAAACUAAAUUUUUUGUAGUGAAUGGUGACGAUGAAGAUAAACAGCCAAUUAGGAUAGAUGAUGUAGUGGUUGAAGCUUGUGAUCGUUAUGUAUAUCUAGGUAGUCCGUUUACAGCUGACGGAAUACGAGUGAGCGGCCACUCGCUUGCUGUGGAAGAGGGCGGUGGAAUAGGCGUGGGAGGGGCCGUUUGCCUAUGGAAGAGCGCCUGUGUGAGUGUGGUGAAAUCCAGUCCGAAAGGCACGUACUCGAACAGUGUCCUAAAUCAGCUGGGCUGA